GGCGGAGUCAAGGCAGAAAAGCCCGCGCGCACUGGCACCGCCGCCAACACCAGCAGCGAAGAAAACUGUCUGGGGGGGUCCCGAGCUUCGCAUGGACGCCUGGUCGACGUCGUGUCUUUGCUUCCCGUCGCCUCUGUGGAGCCCUUGCGGCGGCGUGAGGCUCCUGCUCCUGCUUUUGACGGUGCGCUUGGGGAACUGCACCGAUAAAGCAGAGGAGGAGGAGGAUGAAGACCAAACAGUGAACAAAACAUGGGUGCUUGCCCCAAAGAUCCAUGAAGGAGAGGUCACUCAUAUACUGAACUCUUUGCUCCAAGGUUAUGACAAUAAACUUCGGCCAGAUAUUGGAGUGAGAACUACAGUAAUUGAAACAGAUGUCUACGUUAACAGCAUUGGUCCCGUGGAUCCAAUUAAUAUGGAGUAUACUAUAGACAUCAUUUUUGCUCAGACUUGGUACGACAGUCGCUUGAAAUUUAAUAGCACCAUGAAGGUUCUUAUGUUGAAUAGCAAUAUGGUUGGAAAAAUCUGGAUUCCAGACACUUUCUUUCGAAACUCAAGGAAAUCGGAUGCCCAUUGGAUCACAACUCCAAACCGCUUACUCCGCAUUUGGAGCGAUGGACGAGUAUUAUAUACCCUAAGGUUGACAAUUAAUGCUGAAUGUUAUCUUCAACUUCAUAACUUUCCUAUGGAUGAACAUUCCUGUCCGCUGGAGUUUUCAAGCUAUGGAUACCCAAGAAAUGAAAUUGUAUACAAAUGGAAAAAAUCCUCUGUUGAAGUGGCAGAUCCGAAAUACUGGAGACUGUACCAAUUUGCGUUUGUGGGCUUACGAAAUACAACUGAUAUCUCUCACACACAGUCUGGGGAUUAUGUCGUCAUGACAAUCUUCUUUGUCCUGAGCAGGCGUAUGGGGUAUUUUACCAUUCAGACAUACAUUCCUUGCAUCCUGACUGUUGUUCUUUCUUGGGUCUCAUUCUGGAUUAACAAAGAUGCAGUGCCGGCAAGAACAUCAUUAGGCAUCACCACUGUGUUGACAAUGACGACCCUGAGCACCAUUGCAAGGAAGUCUCUUCCCAAGGUCUCCUAUGUAACAGCUAUGGACCUCUUCGUCUCUGUGUGUUUCAUUUUUGUCUUUGCUGCCUUGAUGGAAUAUGGCACCUUGCACUAUUUCACUAGCAACAAAAAGGGGGCCAAAGAAAAGGACAAGAAAUCAAAAAACAAGUCAUUGAAUCCACCUGUGCUUCCUGUCCGCCCUGGAUCAACAUUAAUUCCCAUUAACAAUAUCCGUCACCUUCAAGAACAUGAUGACAAUUAUGGAUAUGAAUGCCUUGAAGGAAAAGACUGCACCAGCUUCUUUUGUUGCUUUGAUGACUGCCGCACAGGAUCAUGGAGAGAAGGAAGGAUACACAUUCGAGUGGCUAAAAUUGACUCCUACUCUCGAAUCUUCUUCCCUACAGCCUUUGCUCUGUUCAACCUUGUUUAUUGGAUUGGUUACCUGUACCUAUAAAUAUCUGACUGUCUUGAAGAUGGGAGAACCGGCACUCCUAAACACAUCUCAACAAAUAAGACUAAAGGGUUUAAAGCCUGUCAUUUUUACCCCUUUUCUUUUUUGUGCUUGAUACUUCCAGAUGCAAAAAUAAAAUUGAAAAUAUUUAUAGAACUCUUCUAUCCUGGCCAUUUACAAAGCUGGUUAAGAAUUAUUUAGGUUUGUAAAGGGAGAACAUGGGUAUUUUCUUCUUCAUUGUUGAACUAAUUUUAAUAUAGAUCAGUGAUUUAAAGGCACGACUAGAAGUUCCUUCAUAAUUUGUUUAAAGAAGGCAAUAGGUCAGCUCUGUUGCUACUUAACACCAAAACUGGCAAAGUUUUAAGACGCUGGAAACUGAUGCUUUCAUGAAAAAAUAUAUUUAAAUGCUCUGGAAUCUCACACAGACUAAUAAGAGUUAAACCAGUUGCAGCCCAUUGACAAAUACGUACUUCAAUGGGAUGAAUUGCUUCAAAACUGUUCCUCUAGCUUGACCAAAUUUGGACAAAGUGAAUGCUGGAAUUAAAAAUCAAAUUGUGAAUGAGUUAUGUUUCCCAUUUUUUUAAUUAAUUAGAAACACCUAGGAGGUGUUUGUUGACUUGAUAGCAGUUGGAGUCAUGUCAUGGGGAGGUUAACUCCCCAGAUCACUCCCCCAAAAUUGACAGUUACUAGCACCAGAAGGGAGGGGCAUUUGUAUUGUAUUUAACCCCACACUGUUUUCUGCCUAAUAGAAGCCUUGGAAUAGAUGAGAGACCUCCUUCAGGGGGUCCCCACAUCAUAACUCACUUAUCUCUCUGUUUUCUGCUUUUAAGGCUAAUAAAACAUAUCAGGGCAUUCGGAUAUGGAUCUUCCAUGUCCCAUGUUUUAUCCUGAAGUGGGAUUGCUAAUUGAAUAGACCCUCUCAUAUUUUAAAUAAUUUGUCUAUUGAAUCAAGCCAUAUCCUCUGGAAAUGUGACAUAACCUGAACAGAAUAUUCCACUGUCUCAUGCUGUGUCAAAGAGAGGACAGCAGCAUGCAAUCAGCCUAUUAUGUAACGUGAUAUUUCUGAGCUUGUUGUGUCCUUUAUGUCACAUGUGUAAAAUGUUCACAAUUUUUGGUUUGUUUGUUUUUUUAAAAAGUUGUUAUCUGCCAUAGCCUUUGAGAGAUUCUGGGCAUUUCUAUUUGAAUACAACAAAAUACAGGUGAUCCCUGGUUCCAGUCAUCUGCAAUAUACUGUAAAUUGAAGUCCGAUAGAACAAUUCUCAGGCCUGAAUCCUGUCUUAUUUUAAGUCAGCUUUGCACAACAUGCUUAUGUUAUUUCUGACCAUUGGCCAUACUGGUUGCUGAUGAUGGAAAAUAUAGGUGGAAGGUGCUGAACCACGUAAUGCUCUGUUGACUAUAGUGAAUUCAUAUGAGAGAGGAGAAAAGAAUCAUUUCAGCAUAGAGGCAGUGUUGCAGAAUGUGUUCUAAAUAUAUUUUUCAAACAUUAUUAUUAAGAUCUACUAUGUUUCAUGUUGGCUUACUCUUUUUCAGGUGUAGCCAAAUUAGUUGAGACACCUCAGUCUCAAUCAAUCUUUACUAUUUGUCAUGUCUGGCUAUAUGAUACAAUCCUAUUUACUAUGAAGUUUUGUGUCAUUAAAUAAAAUGGCUGAAAUCCUGCUGCUCAACUCUGUGGGUGUAAUCUAAAAUUUAAAGUUUCCUAUCCCACCCACACUUACCCCUGGUUCUGAAGCUCAGUAGGGAACACAGUCAACCAGGGGAGGUCUGUAGGAACCUUGGGGAGGCAGCAAUUCUUGGAUGUUAAAGGCUUCCCUCAACCCUGAAGGUUCCAAAGGCUUCCCAAGGUUGAAAUGAUUUCCUAGGGAGCCUUGGAAUUUGAGGGGGCUGGAUGGAAAUUUUAAAUUAAAGAUUAACAUUGUGGCUGACAUCAUCAAACAUAUGAACUGCCCACCUCUGCCAACAGGAUUUCACCUGCUGUGUUGGCACUUACCAGAAAAUCCACAUUAACAACAAUGUAUAUUGUCAAAUAUUUCUUCUAUAUUCCAAGAUAAAUUUCAACUAAGUGUGAACAGAAUGGAAACAAGUGCAGCAUAGUGCUUAAAGGAUGUUGCUGUAACCCAGAAACAUCCACAAUUGAAAUCCUUCUAUAGUUACUUGAUUCAUUAAACAGUCUUAGAUAAGCAACCAUUUCUCAGUCUUAGAGCUCAGUUUACAAUAUGCAGUAAUAAUGCCAGCUGUCUUUAAAGAUCUGCUGUAGGAAUUACUGAAGUAAUAUCUCUUUUCAGCAGCCCAGUAUGACAACUCUUGUUAUAUUAUACUCUUCCUUGAGAUAAAUUCAGUCACAGAAUUUAGAAAAGCUACCAAGCCCUGAUUUCUUUUACAGUGCCUUGGGAUAUAUGCUAAAAAUGUUAAAAUAAAUUAUAAUAAUCCUUUUUAGCAAUGAUUUGAAAUAAAUCUUCAAUAUAAUGUGGGAGACGCAAAUUACCACUGAAUGGCACUGUGUUGCAAUUCCCUAUUUCUGCUGGGCUAGCCAUGAGAUUUGCCACACUUUAAACAUAUUUGCUGCUCUUCUAAACACUCUCCUUAGAUAAAGCAACAGGAUCUCAUGAACAGUUUACUGUCAGCACUCAGGUUCUCUGAGUCUUGUACAGUAGUUAACUGGAGGUUGGCAGGUUGGCCAGAGACAACCCCCAAGCCCAUCUGAAGUUCUGCCAGACAGGAUUGCAGAGAAAACUAAAGUUCUAUAGACUAUUUAAAACAACAACAACUCAGAGCAGAUCUGGUGAAACUCCUUGAUUUUAUGAUAUUUCCAGAUUAAUUUUGUUUACUAAUCCCAGACAUUUGGGAACUUGCCAUUCCUAUGUUCAGCUACACUCUCCUUAGUGCCUUUGAGGAUGUAUGCCUUUUGAGACUUCUGGCAACUUUUUGCUUAUAUAAGCCUUUUCUGUUCCACCUUAUUCUACUGUCAUUAUGACUUGGAUGGGAUCUGAUGAAGGAACAGCAAAUGUGUUCAAUGCAGAGACAUUUUCUCUACCAUAGCUGUCUAAAUCCUGGCAGGAGACCACAUUAAACAGGAUCUUACAUGGCAGGUGUAAUUUUUGGGAUGCAUCUAAAGAGGAAACAUGAAAUGACCCACUGGUGAGUAGCUGUGCCUCUGUGGAUAAAGAUCAAACAGCUCCCAUCAUGUUCACAUAGGUUUUUUUUAAAAAAAAUUAUUGCAGACCAGCACAGAGUACUCACCCCCUAGACUUCCUUAUGAAUAGGAAUUGGAGAGCAGUAUCUACAGCUUGACUGAAUAUAUAUAUGUUUUGUUUGCUUCAAAAAUGCAUAAUGUACAAAUGGAAGUUGCUUCCCCACAAACUCAGGGACAUACUUGGAUUGACCAUGGCCCAAUGGUUAAUUAUCUGCUGUAAUUUGAAGAUGCACACUUUCCCUUAAUAUUUUCUGUUUACCAUGGAAAAAUGGAUAGAACAUAGGUGCACUUGUAAUGCUCUAAACAAGACAUACAGGGAAUGUGGCAAAUAUUCAUGAAAGGCAUGGCUGGAAAAGAAUAGUUAAACAUGCAGGGAAACAGUUUAUCUCUUGGAUUCUGGACUCAUUCACUAACAAUAGCUUGGUUUAAUGUUUUGUAUAAAUUGGUCUGUUGUACUAGUGUUUUGUGACCCGAGCGCAAUCUCUUUGAUGUGACUGGAAAUUAUUUGUGUUCAGAAAUCUCUGGCUAUGUACAGGCAGGGAAUUUGUCUGGUUUCCCCUUCUGUCUGGUGGAGAGUUCCACAAACUCAUUGUCUUCAAUAUUAUUUAA